AUGUCCUGCUACGACCUGUACCCCUCCUCUGCCUGCGGCGUCGCCCGCCCCCAGCCCCUGGCUGACAGCGGGAACGAGCCGUGCGUCCGCCAGUGCCCCGACUCCACCACCGUGAUCCAGCCUCCCGCCGUGGUGGUCACCUUCCCCGGCCCCAUCCUCAGCUCCUUCCCGCAGGAUUCCGUGGUGGGAUCUGCUGGAGCGCCUGUCCUGGCAGCCUCGGGGGCCUCCCUGGGCUAUGGGGGCUACGGCUCCCUGGGCUAUGGGGGCUAUGGCUCCCUGGGCUACGGGGGUCUCUAUGGAUAUGGGGGUUACGGAUCCCUGGGCUACGGGGGUCUGUGGGGCUAUGGGGGCCUGGGGUCCUGUGGGGGGUACCGGGGCCUGUAUGGCUCUGGCAGAGCCUUUGGCUCCGGCUAUUGCAGCCCCUACUCCUCCUGGUACGGCCGCUACGGCCGCGGCUUCUGGGGCUCCUGCUAA